ACGGACGGCCACGGCCCGGGCCCCCCGGGCCUCCUCGCCUCACGUCCCCGAAGCCUCGUAGUCUGACGGAAGGUGCCGCCGCUGGUUCAUGUGCAAGCGGAUCGUUUGUUUGCGGUAGACACGACAGGAGCAUUCCAGGAGAAUGGGAGACACACAAUACAGUUAUGGAGGUGGAUAUGGGAGUGGAGGUAGUAGUGGAGCAGGAGGUAACUACGCAAGUUAUGGAGGUGCAUCAGGAGCUGCUCCACCACCAGCCACCUCCUACCCUCCUCAGCCACAGUAUGGUGGGUACUCGGCUCCACCUCCACAGGGGUACUCACAGGGCCAGGCCCCAUAUGCAGCACCACCAACUUAUGGUGCCCCACCUCCACAGCAAGGUGGCCAAGGCGCUUCCUAUGGUGGCUAUGGACAGCCACCACCAACACAAGCCCCUGCCCAGCCACCCACUGGCAGUGCCGGAUACAGUAGCUAUGGCGGACAAUCACACGGUUAUGAACAGAACAGUAAUUACAACUCUGGAAGUUAUGGACAGACACCUGCAAGCAAUUAUGGUGGUCAUCAGAGUAGUACCUAUGGUAGUCAGCCUAGUGCUAACUACUCAACUCCACCAUCCCAGGGAAAUUAUGGAGGGCCACCACCACAAGGAAGCUAUGGUGGUGGCUCGCCCCUCAGGGAAAUUAUGGGGGUUUUUUUUUGUUUUUGGGGAGGCCCCCCCUGGGGAAACUUUGGGGGACAGCCAGGAUAUGGUGGUCCACCACCCUCCAAUGGAAGUUACGAGGGACAAGGUGGUGGAUACAACAGUGGUCUAGGCAUGGCUCCUCCCCCCCUGUCAGCCCCUCCAGGCUGUGGUGGCAUGUACGGGUCGCCGCUGAAGCAGUCCCCGGCUCCCAUUCCUAGGCGAGAUCAAGGGAGAGGUUAUUGCACAGAGGGUGGCGGUGGAAGCUACGGGGGUAGCCGGUUUGAUGGCGGCAGCCGUGGUGGUGAUCGGUCAAGGGGAGAGAGUGAUUUGGUAAUGCAGGAAGACACAAUUUUUGUGUCUGGAAUGCCAGAUGAUGCCUCAGAGGAUGAUGUCAAGGAUCAUUUUGGUUCCAUUGGUGUAAUCAAGAUGGAUAAAAGAACUCAACGCCCUAAGAUUUGGAUGUACAAAGAUAAGGCCACAGGAAGAAUGAAAGGAGAAUGUACAGUCACAUUUGAUGAUCCAUUCACUGCCAAGUCUGCCAUUCAGUGGUUUGACGGCAAAGAAUUCAUGGGCCGUGUUGUUAAGGUACAAAUGGCAGAACGCCCUAAAAGUAGUUAUGAGCGAGGACGCGGGGGCUAUGGAGGUGGCGAUGACCGUGGGGGGCGUGGACGUGGAGGUGACCGUGGAUUUGAACGCCGUGGAGGAUCAAUGGGAGGACCUGGGCGAGAUGGACCUCCUGGGGGUGGACGUGGACGUGCGGGAGAUUGGAAGUGCCCUGUGCCAAGCUGUGGUAACAAUAACUUUGCAUGGAGAAACAGCUGCAACCGCUGUAAUGAACCAAAGCCUGCAGGAGUUGGUGGUGAUGAUGAUGGUGGUGGAGGUGGUGGUGGAUUCCGUGGAGGAUUCCGUGGCCGCGGAGACCGUGGAGGUUUCCGAGGCAGGGGCGGAGACCGUGGAAGAGGUGGUUUCAGAGGCCGUGGAGGCUAUGGUGGAGACAGGGAUGGAGACAGAGAUUCUGGUGGACCAAUGAAAGGAGACCGUGGCCCUGGAAGGUCUAGACCAUAUUAAGAGGCUGUAGGGGAGAGAGAAGCAACUGCCUGAAUGGCGAAAAAGUAUUUAUAUGCAACGUGUGUGUUCAUAUAAAUUGAAUUAUUUCAGUCCCAUUGUCAUUAAUUCACGUUUUCAGAAAAACUGAAUGAAAAUAUUAAUGGUAUUUUGAUUACUCUUUGUAUUUAUUUUACGUAAGGGUGUCAAGCUCGGCAAACUUUGUUCAGAGACUUAGGAAUAAAGCUGCUGAAAUGUAAGUUAUUUUGAGUAAAUAUGUAAUUGUUAAAAUGUCAAAAGCAAAAUGUCAUGUUUAACAGACCUAAUAAGAAGUAUGAACUGGAUUUUUAUUUUAUUUUAUUUUAAAUUGAACUUAUAAAGGUUAAGGUACAAAUAGAUGUUUGAAACAUAUUUUGACAAGGCAUUAGAGGUUAGGGAGACUAUUUGUAUCAGUGUGUACUCCUGCCUCUUAUGAAGUAAUUAAAAGGCCUUUUAGUAGUGUAAUGGUGGAUAACCACUUCAGAAUUCAUUUUGUGUAACAAUAAAAUUCCAUUGAAUCCA